GUGCAGGAGCAGUCAGAGCAGCUGGCACAGGAGCUGCGGGAGGUCAGCCGCAACCACGCUUCCCUGCGCGAGCGCCUGCGGGAGCUGCGCCGCUACCUCCAUGUCCUGCACGAGAGCCAGCGCUUCACCAGCCCCCCCUUGGGCUCCCCGCCACGGCCCCGGGUGCUCUCUGAGCGUGAGCCCAUCCUCGAUCCCUCCCUGCACCAGCACCUUGACCGCAAGAUCAACUUCGUGGCUGGCGUCAUUCACCCAUGGCGGGUGAGCGCCUUUGAGCGGCUGCUGUGGCGUGCCUGCCGCGGCUACCUGGUGGCCAGCUUCGUGGAGAUGCCUGAGCCCAUGGAGGACCCGGCCACGGGUGAGAGCAUCACCUGGGUCAUCUUCGUCAUCUCCUACUGGGGCGAGCAGAUCGGGCAGAAGAUCCGCAAGAUCUCAGACUGCUUCCACUGCCACGUGUACCCCUACCCGGAGAGUGAGGCCAGCCGGGCAGACACCAUGAGUGAGUUGAACAGCCAGAUCCAGGACCUCAGCGUGGUGCUGGAGGAGACGGAGCAGUACCUAGCUCAGGUGCUGGACAAGGUGGUGCUGGCGCUGCCCACCUGGCGGGUGCAGGUGCAGAAGAUGAAGGCUGUCUACCUCAUCCUCAACCAGUGCAGCUUCGAUGUUACUGAGAAGUGCCUCAUCGCUGAGGUCUGGUGCCCCGUGCGGGACCUCACCCAAGUGCAGGAUGCCCUGCGCCAGGGAUCGUACCAGAGCGGCUCGAGCGUGGAGUGCUUCGUGCAGCGCGUCCCCACCUCGGAGAGCCCCCCCACCCUCAUCCGCACCAACAAGUUCCCCGCCGGCUUCCAGAGCAUUGUGGACGCUUACGGAGUGGCCAGCUACCAGGAGGUGAACCCUGCACCCUACGCCAUCAUCACCUUCCCCUUCAUCUUUAUCUGGCUGACGUUCUUUGAGGGACGCUACCUCAUCUUGCUCAUGGGGGCCUUCUCCAUCUACACUGGCUUCAUCUACAAUGAAUGCUUCAGCAAAGCCACUGUCAUCUUCCCCUCUGCCUGGAGUGUGGCUGCCAUGGCCAACCACUCCUCCUGGAGGGGAGAUCCCAUCCAUCUCUCUGACUACCUUGCCACCCACCCGUCCCUCACCCUGGACCCCAAUGUCACCGGUGUCUUCCAAGGGCCCUAUCCUUUUGGGAUCGACCCAAUCUGGAGCUUGGCCACCAACCACCUCAACUUCCUCAACUCCUUCAAGAUGAAGAUGUCGGUGGUGCUGGGUGUCGUGCACAUGGGCUUUGGCGUGUUGCUGGGGGUCUUCAACCAUGUGCACUUCCAGCAAUGGCACCGGUUGGUGCUGGAGCUCCUUCCCCAGAUGAUUUUCCUCCUGGCGCUCUUUGGCUACCUCGUCUUCCUCAUCUUCUACAAGUGGAUCAAGUUCAGUGCUGCUGACUCCCGGGUGGCUCCCAGCAUCCUCAUCCACUUCAUCGACAUGUUCCUCUUCACCUCCAAUGCCGACAACCUCCCACUCUACCGGGGGCAGGUGCCGGUGCAGACCGUGUUGGUGGUGCUGGCGCUGGCGUCAGUGCCCGUCCUGCUCCUGGGGACGCCACACUUGGACUUUGCUGAGAUCUUCAUGCACCAGGCGAUCCACACCAUCGAGUACUGCCUGGGCUGCAUUUCCAACACCGCCUCCUACUUGAGGCUCUGGGCUCUCAGCUUAGCCCACGCACAGCUCUCGGAGGUGCUGUGGACCAUGGUGAUGCGCAACGGCUUCGUGGGGCUGAGCUACGUGGGCGGUGUGGUGCUGGUGCCUGUCUUCGCUGCCUUUGCUGUGCUGACAGUGGCCAUCCUCCUGGUGAUGGAGGGGCUCUCCGCCUUCCUACAC